GGGCCGAACCUGGAGUCUCCAUCCCAGGACCGGCGGCUCUAAAUAGCUCCGAUGCGGCUCCCGGGAGCCUUCCGGAACCGCAGCGGGGAGCAGCCGCCGUGAAGGGUGGUGCAGGCGGCGCGGCUUCCGCUGCCGGGGCCUGGCAGCUGCCGGCACUUCCCUGUGAGAGAGCCGGGGCAGCCGCUGUCUGACAAAGUGUGAAAAGCAAACUUCGUAAGGGGCUGACCCCCCAGCCCGGUGCCCAUGAGAUGGACAGUACCUUGCCAGCAGUAGCUGAAGAACUUUUGAAAGAGAUCAAAAAGGCUUUUCAGGAGACUUCACAUGUCCCUGAUGACUUGCUGCUGGGGCUGAAGUUCAUCUUUGGCCCAUGUGCUGUCCCAGCUUUGGAUUUGGUGGAUCAGCAUUCUGUCACCCGAGUGGUGUCCCCCAGUGGCAGGACUGCAUUCCAGGUCCUUGGGAGCUCGGGCAAACUCUACACCUGCUUCAGCUCCUGCCACUUCUGCACGUGUCCUGCUUUCAGUUUUACUGUACUGCAGAAGAGUGAGAGCCUUCUGUGCAAACAUAUCCUGGCUGUCUACCUCAGUCAGGCCAUGGGAGCCUGCCAGGAACUAAAUGUCUCUGAGGAGCAACUCACAAGCAUCUUACUGGCUGAGGAAGAGGAUGAAGGAUGAAGGAUUUUUGGAUCACAUGCAGAGGUGCUUUCUGUGCACCCUCCUGGCUCUGUAGCUGACAUCUUUUUGUACCUGGAUGUCAAGUGUUCAUCAUGGCUGGUAGGUUUCUUCCUGUGCAGCAACCAAGAAUGGCAUUAAUUAGCAGCCUUAAACUGGUGACUUAGUUAAUAAAUGGUAAGAUGCCUGUGUUGAAUUCA